UGGUUAGCUUUGUUUCCAGUGUUUCCAUGUCAAACUUGGUUCUGGCUUACACGAAUUAGCCGACACCAAAAAGGCAUCAACAUUUGAUUGAUUGUUUAUAAAGUAAUUAUUAUGAGAUCAAUAUGCAAAAUCGUAUCAUAGGCUACUUUGAUUUAAAAUGGUCAAACCUCUGUCCAAGUUAUUUUAUGGAGAAUAUAUGGCCACCGUGUUUACUAACGUUAUUUCUGGAACUUAUCUGUAAACAUACUUUCUCCAUGAAGCUGAACAUUCGUUGGGUGACUUAUCAGAUGUGACCGUGAUCUUAAAUGUGUUAGCACUACAAUAUGUUUGUGUUUAAUUGUUUGAUAUGACUGCUUAGCCUACCUGCUUCCGUCCCACCCACAAGCAACGUUCCUUCGCAGUUGGUUCUCUUGAAAGUUCAUGAACAGGGAAAUUAAUUUUACUAGUGUGGGCGGUGCAACUACCGUAUGAAAACAUUCAGCGUUAGGAUAACAACUGAAUGUUUGGUCUGGUAAACUUAUUAUUCACGUUGUUGCUAAAAGUGCAAUGCCUUACAUCUGAAUUUCGGCUACAUGACCAACGUCUAUUACCUCAUGGUUUAUGGCACGCAUGCGUCUGGAAACCAAGCCUUAAGACAAAAAUUCUCCUGAGAUAGCCUUCUUUACGUAAUGGCAGGGGUGUACAGGGUCUGUUCCACUGAGAAACUGAAGCUGAUGGAGAAGGAGCUAUCAGCCCAGCUAUCCGCUCUCCGGACAGAGAUAGAGGAGAAUGGUAUCCUAGAUGUCUCUGCUUUGAAGUCCUACAGCUCUGUCCCAAUACCUAAAGACAUAUCCUACUUUCGUGUGGAGAGAGAGCAGAUCCUACAGGAGGGCCUAGAGGUGUCAGGGUUGCAGCCCAUGGUGUCCCAGGCAGACGUCAUGCAGAAAGAACUGGAAAGCUGCAGGAGCAGAGAGUACACACCAGAGAGCCUGCCUCUACAGCUGCACCAGUUCUAUACAGAUCGGUGCUCCCAGCUGGCACGGUGCAAGUAUCUUCACAUGUUGAGAUGGAGAAGGUUUUGCCGACACUCAGGCGUCAUUGAGCAGCUGUACCCUCUCUACAAGAAACAGGUAGCUCGACUGAUCGGCGAGUAUGAAGAUGCUGUUCAGCGGGCACGCAGGCUGGCCGUUUCACGGGAGAAGGCUCUGACUGGCAGAGGGAACCCUAUCAAUGCUGUCACCCAGGAAGAUGUGGUCAUCUACCUGCAGUGGUUGGUGUGCCACCUGCACUCCAUCAAGACUAUCCAUAGCUUUCUGAGGGAACUGCAGUAUCUGCCUGCAUAUGAGAGGAUUGGGGAUGACUCUUCAGAGUCCUGUGCUCCUGCAGAAACUCCCACAUUGAGGGAAUCCAGCACGCAAGUCCCAGGAUCGCUUGGGGCAACUCCACUGCAGCCUUGGAGCACUGUAGGUAUAGGGCUUUCUGGAGUGGGCACAGAAGUCCCUAAACACACAUUGAGACGGGAGGAGUUUGGCCCCCAGCUGCAGCACCUCGUGUCUCACUUUAACAUCCAUUACAAUAUCCAGGAGAUGAGGACUGCUGCAGAUGAGAUGGAGCUCCUUGGCAUGGUAUCAAGUGAGUUCAGGGCCAUCUUCAGGAAGCAGGAGAAGAUGAAGACCUUCCUGGUAUACGGCUGCACCGAAGCAGCAGAGAAAUGCUGGGGGAAGAAGACUGGCAGCACUGCACUGAAGAAGGAGGACGACUGGACCCCCUUCAUACAGGUGAAGCCCCGAGUCGAUCCCUGGCAGCAGAAAUGCCUCAUCCACUUGAAGCAGCACCAGUCGGUGGAUGAGCUCCUUCAGAUGCACUGCAGGUUCCUACAAGUAUCGGAUCCCUUCAGAGUAAUGCAGACACUCCAGGAGAAUGCUGCCCAUAUGUCCAUGACAUCACACCUCACCAGGGAAGACUCUGUCCAGAUCUGGAAGAGGAUAUACUGCACUGAAAAUCUCCCUCAGGACUCAGAUGGAGCUGAGGAACCAGUCAAGGGCAGGCCUAAAAGAAGAAACAUUGCCAAGAAACAGAGCCAGGAAGGAUACAGCUAUAAGGAGAGCCUCCAGAAGCUGGGUCUGGAUGAUGAACAGGAAGGAAGUGGUGAUGACUCCACUGGGGCCAAUGGAGCCUACCUGGCUCUCCUUUAUCUUCGGCACCUUCGGAUCAGGCAGCUGCAGCGCACCUGUUUGGGGAUUCUGAACUAUCUGCGCUCAGUGGAGCGGACCCUCACCAUUGGCAUGGCAGGCCUGCAGACGGAGGGCGGAGAGCUGAGCAGCACUGCAGAGGCGUCAGCGCGGAUGAGUGCAACCAGGGGGGGCAGCGGCACCACAGGGGGGCUGGGAUCCCAGCAGUAUCUCCACAACACCCCUGCUGAUUACAAUGCACACCGUGCUGAGUUUAUGGAGUCCUCGGAAGUAGAGAACCACCUUGACUACUACAGCAGUGAGGAGGAUUUUCUGCACACGCAGGAUGCGUGUGGGCUAUACAUCAUCUAUGAUGUGGCCCUGAGGGACUUGGAAGAGCUGGAGCACUCUCUGCUUCUGGUGGCAUCCCUAUACAUCCAGAGAAAUGCAGGACAGGGUGCCUCUCAGAGGUUGUCAGAUUCUGAAAUGGACCUUCAGUUCUGGGCACAGCUUGAUGUUGACCGUGUUGCAGUCCUGCUGGACCUGUGGAUAUGCGAGGUGGCCUUCCUGCUAAGCAAAAUGCAGCUCAUGGAUUUCUACUUUGAGGCCUACCAGCAUGUGAUUGACGAUGGGGAGAGGCUCCGUCUUGCCCAGGUCAUCACAGAUGUCAUGCACCGAAGGCCUCGGCUGGACCUGAGCAGUGGCUACUUUGUACAGGCAUACAGGGAGGAGCUGGGCUGUCUGCAGAGCCACCAGCAGCUCCUCAGACUGAUCCUCAACUGCCAAAUAGAUGAGCAGCGGCACUAUCUCCAGCAGGUUUGGAGGGAUGGGUCAAGGGGACUAGGACAAGAUUACGGGCUGCCUCUAAACUACAUCCCCAAGCUGCUUGUCUCCCUCGGCAGCAACAGCCCUGCCCUGAGGAAUGUGUACCUGCUGGAGUUCCACCCCUCUCUCUGGCUGGCCUCCCAGCUGCACCAGGCUCUGACUCAGGCCCACACAGAACUCUGCCAUCUGUACAGAGCCAAGACCGCCAGUGAAAGAGUGGCCCUGGAGCAGAGGCUGCUGCUGCAGGCACUACAUAAAUGGCAGUCUCUGGCACCUCCUGGGGCUUCCUACAGUUCACAGAUUCAGAAGGAUUUGUUUUCAGAAGUUUUCUUCGAGGACCCUUUCUUUGUCAGAGACAUUGGCCUGAUGAUGCUCAGCUCUGCUAAGGAAGAGGAGACAAUGCGGGGCAAGGAGAGGCAACUCUUCAUGGUAGAGACAUUCUCCAAGCUGCUGGAGCUGGUCACUCUACGCCACCGGCUGAUUGAGUCUGCCUCGGAGACUGCACUGCUGUCACACCUGUAUAGCAACAUUGCCAGAGAGAUGGGAUUUGAACAGUUUCAUCUGCACUUGCGGCCAAUCCAGUUCGAGUUUGCUGUCCAUAAAGAGAAGACGGAGAAACCCCCGCUGUUUGUCACCACUCUGCUGCAGAACGACAGUACUGUCGACAGGUACACCCCAUCCAGCCUUCUUCUGAGUAUCCAGGAGAUUGAUGAGUGCCAGAUUGGCAAAUUCAGCUUUCGCUCUCAAGAGGCUGUUCUUCACCUCAUGAGCCAUUCUGGCAUAGAGAACCUGCAGGUAGCCUUGGCCUGUCAGGUGACACAGAAGAACACCCUGAUUGGUGCAGUGAAACAGGCCACACACUGCUAUUGGGCACAGUUCUCUGAGAGUGCUGAAGUGCAGGGGGGUCUUGACUUCAGUUCCCAGGUAGACUCUUUAGGAAAGGAGUAUGUGUCCGGCAGGGAGAGCCAUAGGGCUGUCAACAGACGCAGGAAAAGACCUGCUGAGGCCUUUGUGCCUAUACAGCUGGAGAAAGUUGGGCUACGGGACGAGAUGCUGAACGCCUUUGUGAAGAAAAAGGAGCUCAUGGGAACCAUAAUGAAAAAUCCGGAUGAAGUGGAGAAGAUCAAGAGGGCAAUGAUUCUGGAGUUCUGUCAAAAGAUGAGCACCCACAUGUCUCAUUGCUGCAUGAGGGCUGAGAUUGUGGGGCUGUACCACAGCCUGACUACUUUGCUGGAAGAUCUGCCUGCCAUCCAGCACUCUCACUUCAUGCUGGGUCAGGCAUACGAACAGAAGGCUGCCCGUGACUCGGAACUUGGCCUUCAGGCUGACCCCAGGAGUUUCCAACCAAGGCCCAGACGGGUCCUCUCGACAGACGGCAGGACCGUACUCAACCUGUGGUUCAUCCCUCAUUUCUCUGAGGUCCUAGUCAUGUUCCGGUCCCUGGAAGAGAUGGCAUGUCACAGAGCCCUCCAUCACACCCUGGAGAUAGUGUCUUCGCUUCAUGAUGUCAUCUAUUACCUGGUCAUCUUCUCCCGCCUGGGGGAUCAGCCCACCGCCACCCCCUCCAUAUCCAGAACAAGACUUCGGCUGAGUGCAGACCGAGAGGCCGCAGAAAGCAUCGGAGCAGAGCUCUCUGACAUCCAGAAGCAGAUUGAUAGCCUUGAUGACCCCAGUAGUACCGAGGCUGUGUGCCGUCUGCUCCAGCUGCGCAGGGAGGUGCUGUUCCUACAGUUUGAUGCAGCUGUGCGCCAUCAAAUCAGGGAGAUGUUCCUCUCCAAAGGCGACUGUGCGGCCUAUCAGACAGUGAGCGACAACAUGGGGCAUGCCCUCCCUAUGCUGAGUCACAGCAGAAGUGUGUAUGACUCCCAGCUUCCCCUGCCUCAGCCCUUGCAGCUACACUGCCCACAGACCCAGAAACUGUUUCCAUGGAGAUGUUUCCUCGCACUCUAUGGUGCAUUCCCUCUGACCAUCUGUAAUAUCCUGCCCAUUGAGUACUGCAUGCAGCUGUGUUUCAGUGGCCUCAGUGACCGCAGCAGGUUGGCGGCGAGUGGUGAGAUUCUGGCGGUGCACCUUCUAAUGGAGGAUGUGCUGAGCUGCAAUCGGGAUGCCGUUCCUUUCCGGCUGUGUUCCAGUGACGACAGCACCGCCAAGCAAGGCGAGGAGGAGGUCGGGGGCUGCUCUGAGACGGAAGGGGACGGAAGCUUGAAGGUGGCGGAAUGUACCUCUGCUCCCCACCGGAACCCCUUACAGGUUUACUCAGCACUGAGGUCAUUCCUGGUGCUCUGGAAGCAGCUGGAGGUGUUCAAGGAGAGCUGGGGGCAGCGACAGCUUGGUGUGGAGCAGAUCAACACACCCGCGCUUUACAAGCGUUUCUCCACGCUCUACAGAACAGAAAUUGUCUACCCCAGCAUGAGAGCAUUGGCCCGGCAGCUGGGCAAAGAGGGAGAGUAUCGCUUACCCCUGACUGACAGCCAACCUAUCCCACCUCCGACUGGAGCUUCUGAGGCAGAUAUCAAGGCGCAACAGCUACACAGGCUGCUAGAGAGCACUGAGGAGGACAUGAUCAUGGCGACGCAGAGGCGGAUUGCUCGAGAACUGAACCUGGUCAUUGCAGAAAGAGCACGACAGGACACUGGCCUUCCCACUGAGCUGUGGAAAAGAGGUUCCAUGCAACACAUAUUCUCCCCUGAACGGCCGCUGAUUGUGGAGAACUUCAUCCAGCAGCUGAUGGAAGGUGCAGAGGAGACAGGAGGCAGAGUGACAUUCUCCCGAGGACAUCUGCAGGCGAGCCUGACAGCACUGGCAUUUGCCGUGAUGGGCCGAGAGAGGAACUGCUUCCAGGCGUACUCCCUAUUCUACGAGCAUAUCCUACAACAGGAGAGCCAGCUGCUCUAUCGCAAAGAACAGGACAUGAAGGCACUGGAGGAGUCACAGAGACAGAUCUGUGGAGCUGAAAUUCAGGUAGCUGAGCUCUGUCGGGGGAUAAUGAUGGAGAUCACCGCCCUGCGCACGCGAUUGGUACAGAUGGAGGAUGACCGGAUGAGCUUACAGCAGCAGCUGAAUUUCGAACACCAGCACCGCUAUGACUCUUUGGUCCAACAUCUUUUCUCAUCCUGCAUUCAGCUGAAGGCCAGGCUGGAUGAAUACUAUGUGCGAAUGGAGCGAGAUGUGACCAUACUGGUGAGCAGGGUGAGGAAAGAGGCCGUGGACAGCAUUGCCCGGCUGAGGAGGAGGUUUGGCUCCACCGAGGAUGAAGAGGCUCUCACAGAGACUCUGUCAAAGCAUUCAGACCUGCAGAGCCUGCGGGAGGAGAACAGCCAGCUGGAAGGCCUCAUAUGCAAACUGAGGGCCCUCAACCAAUGGAAGAACAGCAUCAGUGAGGUGAAACUGUCCAGCCAGCUGCACCACUGCAGACAGGAGGCAUUUCUGCUCCAGAAAGAGAAAGUAACAGUGAAGCUGAUGUCAGAGGAGGGGGUAGAGGUGCUGCAGCAGGAGCUGGACGUGACCAGAAGAGCCCUUUUGCAGUGCCAGGCAGAGUACAGCAGUGCCAGGAGACUUCUGAAAAAACAGGGCCAGCAGCUACGGGAGGUGGACCAUCGGCAGACCCAGGAGGAGCGUGGGCGGCAGCAGCGGGAUGCUCUGCGCUCGCUCAGUGUGCAGCGGCUGCAGGAGGAAGUCAGCAGCAGGGAACAACAGCUCAGAAGCCUGAGCACACGGAUGGAGCAGAGCGACCGAGACAGCCAGCUGCAGCGACUGCGCAGUCACCAGGAGAUCAAGCGGGUCAGAGGCCAGCUCCUGCAGGAGCGUAGCCUAAAACUGGAUGCCUUCCAGCAGGUGGACGAGCUGCAAAGCCAGGUCUACAGCACAGAGGCAGCUGUUACCGGAAGCGGGGCAUACCAAGGACGGAGCAAAAAGCCUCACUCCAUCACGACCCGCAGUGCUAACAGCAUCAGGAACACCGUGGGAGGGUCACCACUGUGUAGCUGGCCAGCAGCUCACUCAUCCUGUGACCUGGUCAGAGAAGAGCACCAGGAUGACCCUGGCAGUGAAGAGACUCACCCCAGCACAGUCCAGAAUUGCAGUAAGACACGGAUCCAGAGACCCAAAACGGGGUCCAGCUGUUUCAGGUCCCAGAUUGCAGAGGCAUUGUUACCAGACCUUGGUGACAGGAUUCCUCUAGUCUCCUAUCCCAGCUCCACCCCCUGAAGCUUGGACAUCUACCUGAUGGCAAAGGGCCCACUGAAGCCCAUGGAUCCUGCAUUGUAGUGGAUAGAAAAGUAGCUAUGUUUUCAUUAGAAUGUUGUAGCAGCAUGACCUUAUUGGUAAUGACCAAAUUACACUCUAGCUUGUGUGUAGAAAAACUGAUUAAGGAAUGUAAUUCCAAUUUCUUUUAGGACAAGUGAUUUGAUCCCUGUGUGUAAUAUCAGGAAUGACUGAAUCUUUUAAACCUGUAAAUUGUCAUUUUUUAAUGCAGGCUAAUUUUUAAAUUUCAGUGCAAAUUGCAAUUCUUUUCUUUUCAUUUAUGGCCACUUAGACUAGUUACUUUGCAUUUCUUUUCAUUUUUUAAUUAGUGGGUGUAUUAUUUCCAGACAAUUUACUUAAAAGACAUUCCAUUUUGCAUGCACAAAGCUUGUUUCCAUGAGGCAUAUCAAACAAAAUUCAGAAUUGAAUUUUAAAGGUACACAAAUUCAUGCUAAUAGAGAUAUCACUACAGACUAAUUUGAGCUGCUAUGUGCCACUCAGAAUCAACCCUUUAGCCCUCUGGUGGAGUGCAGUGCAGGGGCUCUUUGCUAUAAGUUUACCCGGUAUCCAUCUUUGCACAUUUUAUGCGUCUUCAACCGCAUAAAAUGAUUUAGUGCCACUUUCGGUUUGGUUGAAUGUGUCCUGCUCUUACAUCAUUUUGUCCCAACUGCAACCAGUCCAUGAUGUGCAUAAAAAUGUUUUAACGUGUUCAAGAAUGUGGUUUAAUGUGUCAAGAAAACACAUAAAAAUUAGAGAAAGUAAGAAUAAUUACAUAUUGAUUAAUGUGUCAAGGUAAGAAGAUAAAAAUAUUAAGAAGUGUUUUAUACAGCAAUUACUGUGAGAAAGUAUUUAAGAAUAAUUAUGUAUUGUUGUUCAAUGUACGACGAGCUAGACAUGGCUACAAAACCUUAAUAAAAAUAAGUGUUUGUG